AAAUGUCCGCCAGUAUUGAGAUAGAAUUGAGAUAGGCCUUGAAGAAGCUUUACAGAAAAUGGCCUCUGCUUCUACAACUCUUCGCAUUUCCAUUACACUUCGCUGCUCCAGCAAUGACCAUCUUCGAAGUAGAACCAACGUAGCAUUGCCACGUCACUCUUCUUCUUCUUCUUCUUCUUCUUCGUCUCGUCCCUCUUCAUCUGUUCUAACUUUCUCUCGUCGUCGAAGCAAUAGCGCCAAUUCUGCUGUCACUUCUUCCAACAAAAACAAAAAGAAAAAGAAUUCACCUAGGAAAGAUACCGAGGAAGUUGGUGACAUAGAUGAAGAUGCUUUUGAGGCACUCUUUCAGAUGCUGGAAGAAGAUCUGAAAAAUGAUGACCUAUCUUUGAACGAUGAUGAUGAUAUAACUGAGGAGGACCUCGCAAAGCUUGAAUGUGAACUGGAGGAGGCACUGAAGGAUGAUGAACUACUAGGAGCAGUUGACUCAAUUGCCAAAGAGGAAAUUGAAAGUAGGGAGGCUGAAGAUGAAGAAGCAGUAGAAGAAGAUGAUAAUGAAGAUGAUGAAGAUGAAGACAUGCUAGAGAAAUUGAAAACUUGGCAACUUAAGAAACUGGCAUAUGCCUUGAGAAAGGGAAAGCGUAAGUUAAAUAUAAAAAAUCUUGCUGCUGAGCUAUGCCUUGAUAGAGCUGUUGUUCUUGAAUUACUUCGCAAUCCUCCUCCAAAUCUUGUGUUGCUGAGUGCUGCCUUACCUGAUGAACCUGUUCCCAGAAUGAUAGAGCCUGAAAUCCAACCCCAGGAGGUUGUUCCCACAGAGAUGAAUGAUGCUGCGAAGCCAGAGGCUAACGUGGAAGUGCCAGUUCAUGUGAUGCAAAGUAAUUGGUCUGCUCAAAAGAGGAUAAAGAAAGUCCAGUUAGAAACACUUGAACAAGUUUAUAGACGAUCAAAGCGCCCCACUAAUGCGAUGAUUAGCAGCAUUGUGCAUGUGACAAAUCUUCCUCGGAAAAGAGUUCUGAAAUGGUUUGAAGACAAACGGUCUGAAGAAGGGGUUCCUGAUCAACGAAUUCCAUACCAACCAUUGUCUAAAUCUUAAUUUUACUUUCCCUGCAAGUACCAGCUAAAACAAGUGAUUUCUGUCUGUUAAACAGGUUUCUCAUGCUAUGCUAUCAGAAACUAGAAUUUUGUGAUACCAACCAUCAGCUUCCUUUUGCUAUUUAUUCUACUGCAGCUAUAACAACAGGAGCAAAUAGCAAUACCCUCUGUAAAGAAAAGAUGAUGAUUAACAAAAAGAAAUGAACAUCUUUUGUUUGUG